UAUUUUCUCAACGUAUGCAAGGUAGCAGUAGCACGCAGUCAUACAUGCUCUCGGUUUAUCGCGACCACCGCAGUCUUACUUCUCCCCCAACUCCAUUACUACAUCUGUUCUUCUGACAACCAAGCCAUGGCCGACGAAAUAAUGGCCGACGGUGAAAGUCACCUCCUCAUCGACGAUAUCGUGUAUGCUGACCCAAAGAAAUACCAUCCACACGUCGUUCUGAUUUACAAGUGCUAUACCGCCAAGGAGGUAGCAGACAACCCAUACCCUGAAGCACUUUACGAGGUGGCAUGUAUCCAAGAGGAACUAAAGAUACCACCGCCACGGGUACCAUGGCCUCUUCUAGCAUCCAGUCUGCGCGAAGAAAUAGAGCUUGGUGUCGAAGAAUGGCGAGUGUCAACUCUACGCAUUAUGGACGAGCGCAUGGCACUCUUCGACUCUUCCGAAAAGACUUCUCGACCUGCAACUUGCUCGGCCGUAUCGGACUCUGGACAUGGAUUCCCUCAUCGCGCCCUAGGUGUGAAAGAGCUGCUUGAACACAUGCUCCGUGAAGCAGCGCUAUGCACACUGUACGCUGCAUGGAACGUAUCAAAAGGCUGGAGGGACAUGGUGAGCUAUAUCUUGCAAACUCGGUUUCACAGUCCAUAUCCCUGCGACCCUGUCGAUCGUGGUAGAGCUAUUUCGCCAAAAAUUAGGCUGGAUGCAGCCAUCCGACGAUGAGAUCGUACAUUUCCAGUAAGCGGUGGACAGAUUGUCGCAGGCGUCCCAGCCCGAAGUUUUUGGCGAUGCCUUCCUCCUCGCUGCCCGGUUGCCGCAGGCAGAGAAGGUUCCGCAAUCAACAUCUAAUGCUUUCCGCGUACUCUAUGAAGCUCAAUUCGCAGUCUUCUACACGAGUGGACGUUUCCUUGUGGAGGUGCUUCUCUCUCGGUUAGGUGGACCCCGUUGGACGAAUCUAAGUUAAUUUCAAAUCAACCCAUAUUUUCUCGACUAGUUUGAGUAUUGUCUGCAGCUGACCCACGGUAGUUUCGUCGUCACUAUAGAGCUGCGCCUACAGCAUGAUUUGAGAGAUCAUGCAUUACCUACGAGGCUUGAGCAGCUCGUUGACACCAUGUUUCUUACAAGUCCUCCGUGUAAGGUUCUAGGUAUAUAUGCUCUAAGCCCGGAGUCU